AUGAGUUCCAGAAAUUAUAUCCCGAAAACCCCCGAUGGGUGGAAACAAUAUUCUGAAUCGUACUCUCUACCAGACUUACCUCAGAAGUCAAAGCUGGUAGCAGGAAGCAACAAAUAUCUUCAGCGAGACAUAUAUGUUAAUGCACAAACAGCUAUUGAAUCUAAUGCUUCCAGAACCAUUAAUCUCUACGCAGACGUACUUGCCUUUCCAUCUCCCAGCUUCACCAUCACGGUUCCAAGAUUUGGUGUCAUCAAGCUUGUCUGUCGAGUUUUAUCAGCAUCUGGACCUCUUACCCUCACACUCAAUCCAACAACUGGCGAUCAAGCCGCCUUUCUCAUUUACGGAUCAACCUUCGACCAACCAGUUUCUUAUAAAAUCGGUACGGGUCCCCCUGUCCAGCUCGAUCUUUCCCCAACUUCAGGCAACUUUGGAGCACAGGUAUUACUCAAGGAUGGAUCGGCCACUACGACCUACUUGCGCAGAUAUGUUGACAUUUCAAUGUCCGACUCGGAGUUUGGAAAAUCCUUGGUCACCCAACUGCGUAUUGCGUCGAUUCUAUUCUGGAUCAAGCCAGAGCUUGCACUCUCUUUAGCUUCCCAUGUAGCUAGAGCAACUGCCUCAUCUAGCAGUGGGGCUCUUCUAAACCUUCAAGCAAAUGCUUUGGGACAGCAGAUUUCAGCAUCAGCUUUGACUGGGCCAAACAUGAACUAUGCACCAGUUUUGACUCUCAAUACAUACAAAAUGGUUCUCGAUGGGGCUAUAUCAACAACAUCUGCAUUUGAAGCCCAAUACAAUCGGUUCUCAGAUCGCCAGGCUACCAUUGCGGAUCAAAAAGCUGCGUGGAGCGCCAUGCUUAAUCAAGCCAAUGAUGCUGUAAAUCUCCAACAAACUCUCGUCAACAAUGCCUUAGCCAGAUGGGAUAGCGCCACGGACAUCUUGAACAGCGCAGAAGACACAUUGAGGGCUCAUCAGCUUGUUCUCAGGGACAAAGAGAGUGACUUCAGGCUAGGAGUCGAGAUAUGGCAAAGGGAGCAGGUUAUCAACACAAUUGUUAAUGUAUUCCAAGCCGUCAUUGGAUUUGCACUCGCCAUUGGUGAGAUAGCAAUUGGCAAUCCCGCAGGUGCAGCUUCUGCACCGACCGCCGCUGCGUCUGCUGUGAAAGUCAUCUCCGAGGCUGCAAAUGUAGCAAACUCAUUUGUCAAGCCUGAGACAAUUAAGGCUCUCAAGAGUGGGACUGAGGCGAUCUUCAAGCUAUGGACAAGCACCAAUACUACGGUCACUGAUGUUCGAGCUCAGACUCUCAACAGCUCUUUGCCGAACAUAAAUUUAAACCCAGUGGGUGGGGAUGUCUCAGGUGACGAUCAAGUUAGUUCGGAUCUUACAUCCAUUGUCAGUCUUGCAGCAUGGGACGAUUGGACAUUACAGACGGAUUCGCAGCUUUCUUUCGCUGUGGCACGUUCAAUCAGGGGUGCAGGAGCUUACCAGCUUGAGUUACGUCGACAUGCAAUAGAUGGGAAGCUUCUUGUCCAAGCUCGAGCUCAAGCUGUUAAGAUCGGCCAAGAAUAUCUUCAACUACGGCUACAUCUUCACGCGAUGCAGGCCAAUGCCUCUCGGCUACAAGAGCUCCUUAAUACGUAUCAAGGCGAGGAAGAUGCUGCGAUUGAAGCACAGAACUACUUCUAUAACAGGAUGUCAAUGCUUCGCACUAGUAUCAUGAUUUACAUGAGAGAUGCUGUAUGGGCAUAUAAAUACUAUACACUAAGUGACAGCUCGAUUGUCUUGAAUCCCCUGAAGUCCAUCCAGGAAUAUCAACAAGACUCGCAAAUAAUUAUACAAGAAGUAACAACAUGUAAAGAAAGAUAUUCGAGUGAUUUUACACCUUUUGUCCCUUCUAUCGAGACGAAUGAGCUACCACUAGACUAUCAUAAUAGCGUUGUGACAUCUCUCCAGUCAUCAACAAAUUCUGUUACGAUAACGCUCUCGCCAAACAUCGCGAAUAGUAAUCCCAAUGCACAUGACCUACCACCUAUUACAGGGCCCUUUACUGAUGGGUCACGAUUUCGCGUCUUCGGUAUGCGUGCGUUUCUUCUCGGCGCCAGACCCAAAUCCUUUGGCACCAAUAAUAAGGCUCUGGUGAGACUAAGAAUCUCUACCUCUGGGGUAUACGCAGAUGUGCAGGAUGGUAAAGUGUAUGGUUUCAUAAUCAAGCCUUUGAGUCGACCUUUCGAAUAUUUAAUGGCACCUGAUGGUACCGUCGACAUACCUCCUAUCAAGGACUCAAUUAUCAGAAGUCAGGAUUAUGUUGAUCCUACGGCAUUCGCGCAAUGGACAGUGAAAAUCGUCAAUCCUCAAGACUUCGACUUGACCGGCUUGACAGGUUUGAAACUGUAUUGGGAAGGCAGUGCUCAUUUUAAUUAG